AUGGAUUAUACGUCAAUAUUGUUGGCUUGUAGUAACAGCUCGAUCUAUGCGGAUAGCAAUAUCAAUAGCGAUAUGGCUAAAUCUGCUGCAGUUGAUGAAGUUAAGGCUGUUAUUAGUGGCGGUGAUAAUUGUCAUCUGUUAAAUCUGUCCGCAUCUCAACCACUCUGGUUAGCAAGACCCAUCUAUGGGCUUGCUGCACCAAUUAUCGUCCUCGUUACACUCAUCACCAAUUCACUUGUUGUCAUUGUUCUUUCGCACCGAAAUCUGCGUACUCCAACAAACCAUAUUCUACUCGCAAUGGCAAUCACCGAACUUAUGACAGGUUUGUCGUCGUGUCCAUGGUUUAUCUAUUAUUAUACGUUGGGUGGUUUUUCAACCGAUCAGCGUGAAGGUCUCACUCCUUUCUGGUGUCGUUUUCAUUCCUAUUUUGCCGUUCAUUUCCCGACAAUAUUCCAUACAAGCGCAAUUUGGUUGACAGUCUUUUUGGCGAUACAACGUUACGUCUAUGUAUGUGUGCCUUCAAUGGUAAGUCGUUAUUGCAAUCCAUCGCGAACACGUCAAAUGAUUGUUUUGAUCGGUAUCGCUGCACUGCUCAACGAGACGCCGCUGAUGCUCUUCGAAACAUCCAUUUCAGUGCAGUUGGACGAUACGAGUAAACGCUUUUGCAUACGUCUUUAUACGUCUUUCGUUGAAAAGACAAUCGGCGCAAACGCCUUCUAUUCAGUGAUUCAUUGCUAUCGAGCCGUCUUCGUGCACAUCUUGCCAUGUGCCCUAUUGAUCUUAUUUACUGGCAAACUGUUCCGCACGAUCAACAAGGCGGAUCGUAAGCGCAGUUAUCAGUCAUUCCCAUCCAGAAAAUCGGCAUAUCACACGACGUCGAUGCUGGCGAAUAGUGCAUCAUUCCCUUCAUCAUCCCGUCUAAUGCAAUCCACCACAAAAAUGCUUGUCGUAGUAAUUGCCAUUUUUCUUCUAAUCGAAAUACCUGUCGCAUUAAUCUUCUUACUGCAUUUCGUUGUGGUUGUCUACGGACUCAUGCCUCGUUCCAUGUAUCAGCCAAUCAACAAUCUUAUCAUUAUUAGGAAUUUCAUGAUAAUACUUACAUAUCCGUUCAAUUUUGCAAUUUAUUUUGGAAUGAGUUCAUCGUUUCAAUUGCAAUUUCGACAACUUUUUACACGUAAAAUCCUUUAUGUGGCCGCACCCCAAUCGCAACUAGCUGCAGGAACGACAUCGGUCAAUCACCAACCUAGAUUUAGUAUACCGUUGAUUGAUAUUCGUAAAUUUCGACGGCCAUCUGCAGUCGUUAGUUGUUUAUUAUGUUUGUUUGUUUCUUAUUAUAUGUUCGUUUAUCUUUUCAUUCAUGCAUCAGCAAUGCCUCAUAUACAGAUGAUCAAUUUGGAUAUGUCCCACUCCCGUUCCAACUACUAA